AUGGCGGAGAACAACCUUCGGACUUUAAUUUUUACUACGAAUGCCUACCAGAUCCAAGCCAGACCAGCCUCUACAGUAGUGGUUAACAUCACCCUAAACAUAAUCACGUUCAACUCCCUGGAUGUCCGCAACCAGGCCUUGACAACGACAGGUUACUUCAGCUUGACAUGGAGUGACGCACGGCUGGACUGGAGUAUUAACCCCACAUAUAAUUCUGAUAUUCAUGCUAUAUACUCAGAUGAGGACACAAUAUGGCGACCACCUAUCAUAUUGGAGAACUCGGUAAGUGAUAUAUCUGUGAUGAGUGAUGAUUCCAUUCCAAUACGAGUAAUCAACGAUGGUACCCUGUCGUGGACCCCAUCUGGAAUAUACGUCACGCUGUGUGAGACUGACGUCACAUUCUACCCGUUUGAUACUCAAGAGUGUGAUAUCAGCGUUAGUACUUGGGGUUACACUGCAUCUGAGAUCACGCUAGCAUUAGAUUCAUCGCCUCUAGAUUUCACAUAUUUCAAGGAAAAUGGAGAAUGGGCAUAUAAAUCAUAUACAACGAGUACCACCGACAGAGGCAGGGGAGGGAACUCAUUUUCGUCUGUGACCUUUCAUCUGAAUUUAAAACGUCGACCGAUGUACCAUGUACUUAACACACUGACCCCUACAAUACUGCUGGCGUUUCUGAGCUGUAUGGCGUUCAAACUUCCCGCCGAAUCUGGAGAGAGAAUUGGGUACUCACUGACGGUUCUGUUGUCGUAUGCUGUGUAUCUGACUCUAGUGGCCGAUAACAUACCCACAACUUCAGUCAAUACGUCCUUACUGUCUGUGUAUCUUGUGUUCAUCCUGGCACUAGGAAUGAUUUCAGUCUUACUCACAAUACUGGUUUUGGAGUGUCACCAUUCAGAUCCGGACACUGCAGUACCAAAGUGGCUACUGAAAACUGUCAGCGUACUGAUGAUGUUAACGCUUCAAAAAAGAAAAGAACAUUCCCGCUGCUGGUGUUGUUCGUGCGUCAGAAACAGAAACAACAUUGGGAGCAUGGACAUGUCUAAAGAGGUUUCAGAAAACACAAUGAAAGAAUCAAAGACAAUGGACACUGACCUAGAGACUAAGAACACAUGUGAUGUCGCUGACUACACGUGGUUGGAGGUUGGACGACUGCUGGAUAAAAGUUUCCUUAGGAUAUUUCUGUUCAUUGUUCUGAUAGUGACCUUCACAUUCAUGAUGGCACUUGGGAUAGGAUACGCAAUAUAUUAG